AUGCCUCUCACUUACGGCUCCUUCUUGCUUGCUGCUGUGAUGGAAGCAUCCCUAGGACAAUCUGAUAUCCCUUUCCAGAUUACUGCUGACUAUCCACCGGGUUGUCAUGGAGGUCCUGGUCCAGGGAAGGGAAGCAGCAUUACCCAAAUGCUAGCGCCUUCCUGCAUUUACAACAUGAAGGGGUACACAAUCGAUGGAGUUCAUAGAGAUGUUGCCGGGAUCAUACUCAACAGCAACAGGCCUGGGCAUUAUGGCAGCUUGCAUAUGAACCUCAAUCUGUCUACCGUGCCUGACACCGUAAAGCAUGAUAUCCUGGUGGGAACGACAGGUUGGGCCCACCUGAGUGUCGGUGAUGAAACCAGAGACUUCUGGUGGAAUCCAGCCCAAGCUAAGACCAUCUUCGGUCCAGGGCCUCUUGAA